GUUUACUUUUCCACAGUAUGACGUCGCAGCCGUAGACUACCUCGUACAGUUCUUUAAGCAAAGGUAGAGAAUACAGGUUUUUACCUCUGUGAAUCUACAGCAAACCGUAGGAUACACUGAAAGCGGUAAACUGACAGCAGUAUGAAGACAUUUUCGAUUUGGUCAUCUGGCCUUGUGAUUUUCCUGUUCUCCCCACUUAUCAUCACUGUGUGUCAUGGUGGAAAUGUGCUUGUGUUCCCGACCGAAGGGAGCCACUGGGUAAACAUGAAGAUCCUUAUUGAGGCUCUGCAUGCUCGGGGGCACAAUAUAACGAUUGUACGCUCAGACAAGAGCUGGUACAUCGAGGAGAAAUCUCCCCUUUACAGCUCCAUUACCGUGCCUGUGGAAGAGAGCAUAGAUGAGGAAUUUAUUCAAAAAAUAAUCAUGCUAGGAUUUGACAUUCAAAGAGGAAAAAUCUCUGUGAUGAACUUUGUCAGCAUGCAGAUUCAGAUAUUUGGCGCAAUCACCAAAGCUCAUCACAUGGCGAGCAAAAUCGCAGAGGCAAUUUUCAAAGACAGUAUGUUGACAAAAAGAAUUCAGGAAAGCCAAUAUGAUUUAGUUCUCACGGAUCCUUGCUCGGGUGCUGGGACAUUAUUGGCAAAGUACUUUAACCUGCCUUUGGUUUACAAUGUGAGAUGGCUGCCCGUCGGAGAGGGGCACUUUGCCAUUGCGCCUUCUCCAUUAUCCUACAUCCCACUCACGGGAUCUGGCUUUUCGGACAUGAUGUCCUUCACUGAACGGAUCAGAAAUGUGAUUUUCUAUUUGCUUAUGCUCUUUCAUGAUAUGUCUCUUAUCAGGCCUCAUUACCAAGCUGUGUGUCACCAGUACCUUGGCCCAGAUGUGGACUUUUACUCAUUAAUGCAAGCAGCUGAUCUCUGGCUUAUGAGGGUUGAUUUUGUUUUUGAAUUCCCUCGCCCUACAAUGCCCAAUUUUGUGUACAUGGGAGGGUUCCAGUGUAAGCCAGCCAAGCCUCUGCCCCAAGACCUGGAGGAGUUUGUGCAGAGCUCUGGAGAACAUGGAGUCAUUAUUAUGUCAAUGGGUACCUUUAUUGGUCAGCUUCCCCAUGAUAUAGCAGAAGAGAUAGCUGCUGCUUUUGCCCAAAUGCCUCAGAAGAUCAUCUGGAGGUACACAGGAGAAAGGCCAAAGACUCUGGGUAACAACACCCUAUUGGUCAAAUGGAUGCCACAGAAUGAUCUCCUGGGCCAUCCAAAGACCAGAGCCUUUGUGGCGCAUGGAGGAACCAAUGGAGUUCAAGAAGCCAUUUACCAUGGCAUGCCAGUAGUGGGAAUCCCAAUAUUCUUUGACCAAUAUGACAACCUCCUUCGACUGCAAAUUAGAGGAGGAGCUAAGAUCCUCGAUGUACUAACUUUAAACAAAGACAUCGUCCUCCAGGCCUUACAGGAAGUGCUCAAUGAACCAUCCUACAGGAUGAACAUGCAGAGACUUUCCAGGCUGCACCUGGACCAGCCAAUGAAACCAAUGGACCGUGCAAUGUUCUGGAUUGAGUUUGCCAUGAGACACAAAGGUGCUGCUCACCUGCGCACAGAGUCCUACAAGAUGCCCUGGUAUGCCUACCACUCAGUGGACGUUAUAGUGGUGUUAUUGGCUGCCGUGCUUCUUAUCUUACUGACUGCUGUUGCUAUCAUCAGAUGUUUGUGCUGCAAGGCAUGCAGGGCAAGAAAAAUAAAAUAUGAUUGAAUGUACUGUUAUCUGAUUGUUAUCUGCUUAAAAACUUCAAAGAUUUAAAAAUAAAAGGCAUUGCUGAAAAUCUUUUAGAUUUAACGACUGCCAAGUUAUAUUUGUACCGAUCUGUAGCCUAUUAGUGUAAUUGAAAAUGCCUUUUAAACUCUUUUGAACCACA